AUGCGACUGAGUCCGCGCGAAGAAGAGCAUUUGAUGCUGCAUACGGCCGGCUUUCUGGCCCAGAAGCGACUGGCACGUGGUCUCCGUCUCAACUACACGGAGAGCGUGGCGCUGCUGGCCACCCAGGUGCUCGAGUUCAUCCGUGACGGCAAGACGGUGGCCGAGCUCAUGACGCUUGGAGCGCAGAUGCUUGGUCGCCGUCAAGUGAUGGAGGGCGUGGCUGCCAUACUGGACGAGGUGCAAGUGGAGGGCACGUUCCCAGACGGUACGAAGCUCGUAACCAUCCACAACCCCAUCGCCAACCUGGACGGAGACUUAUCACUGGCCAUGUACGGGUCAUUCCUGCCUGUGCCUAAGCUCGAGGUCUUUGGUGCUGCUGCUACCACCACGACUGCGGCACCAGGGGCUUUGAUAACUCCAGACGAGGAUGUUGUACUCAAUGCUGGUCGUACGACGCGCGUACUACAGAUCACCAACUUAUCGGACCGACCCAUUCAAGUUGGCAGUCAUUACCACCUCAUUGAGGCCAAUCCGUACUUGGAAAUGGACCGUAAGUUGGCAUAUGGUCAUCGUCUGAACAUUGCGUCGGGUACUGCGGUGAGAUUCGAGCCUGGAGAUCAGAAGACCGUGUCUAUUGUGCCUAUUGCGGGCAAUAAGGUCAUUACUGGAGGCAACAACCUUGCGACGGGGGUAGUGGACGAGUCCAAAGUGGACGCUAUUGUCACCAAGGCGGUGGCUGAGGGUUUCCACCAUGUAGAACUGGAUCUCAACAAGCUGCCAAGCCAUGUAACCAAACCGGGUUUUGGAGUGUGUAAAAUGCCUAGAAGUGUCUACGCACAGACGUAUGGUCCUACGACGGGAGACGUUGUGCGUCUGGGAGAUAUGGAGCUCUAUAUCGCGGUGGAGAAAGAUAUGACGGUGUACGGAGACGAGUGCAAGUUUGGAGGAGGUAAAGUGCUGCGAGAAGGCAUGGGACAAGCGUCUGGCAAGAGUUCCGCUCAUGUUGUGGAUACAAUCAUCACUAAUGCGUUGAUUGUGGACUACACGGGCAUCUAUAAGGCCGAUGUGGGGAUCAAGGACGGUCUGAUUGCCGGAAUCGGCAAAGGUGGCAACCCGGAUGUGAUGGAAGGUGUCAUGCCCGACCUGAUUAUCGGCGUGAACACGGAAGUGAUCGCUGGAGAAGGUUUGAUUCUAACUGCUGGUGGCUUUGACGCUCACGUGCACUUCAUCUGUCCGCAGUUGUGUACUGAAGCGCUGGCAAGUGGCUUGACUACGUUGGUUGGAGGAGGAACUGGCCCAGCUACUGGAACGAAUGCGACGACAUGCACUCCUGGACCAAACCACAUGAAAUUGAUGCUCCAAGCGACAGACUCGACGCCGAUGAACAUUGGCUUAACGAGUAAAGGCAACACUUCACUACCUGAUGGCCUGCAGGAUACGAUUGAUGCUGGUGCUGUCGGUAUGAAGCUUCACGAAGACUGGGGAACGACUCCAGCAGCCAUUGACAAUUGUCUCCGAGUGGCGGAGGAGAACGACGUCCAAGUUACUAUCCAUACGGAUACGUUGAACGAGUCUAGCUGUGUGGAGCACACUAUCAAGGCCUUUAAGGGCAGAACGAUCCACACUUACCAUAGUGAAGGUGCUGGUGGGGGUCACGCUCCAGACAUUGUGACAGUAUGUGGAGAGCUGAAUGUCCUGCCGUCGUCGACGAACCCGACGCGUCCGUAUACUCGCAACACUAUCGACGAGCACGUGGAUAUGUUGAUGGUGUGUCAUCAUUUGGACAAGAACAUCGCAGAAGACGUGGCUUUCGCGGAGUCGCGUAUCCGUGGCGAGACUAUCGCUGCUGAAGACUUGCUGCAUGAUAUGGGAGCUAUCAGUAUCAUCUCCUCGGACUCACAAGCAAUGGGACGUAUCGGUGAAGUCAUCACCCGUACGUGGCAGACUGCUGACAAGAUGAAGAAAGAGCUCGGUCUACUUGCCGAGGACGAAGCAACGGAGCACAAGCGCGACAACUUCCGAGUCCGACGAUAUGUGGCCAAGUACACGAUCAACCCCGCUAUCGCACAUGGCAUGGCUCACCUCAUCGGCUCCGUAGAGGUGGGGAAGCUAGCUGAUCUUUGUCUGUGGAAACCGUGUUUCUUCGGCAGCAAGCCAGAAAUGGUGAUCAAGGGCGGUGCAAUCGCUUAUGCUCAGAUGGGCGACCCGAACGCCUCCAUCCCGACACCGCAGCCAGUCAAGAUGCGCCCAAUGUUCGGUGCGUUGGGUUCUGCAAUUGGAACGGGCUCGAUCGCGUUUGUUAGCAAGAGUUGCGUGGACAAGAAGAUUGCGCAGUCGUACGGACUGAAGAAACGUAUCGAGGCAGUUCGCAAGUGCCGCGAAGUCACAAAGAAGGACAUGAAGCUCAACGAUGCGUUGCCCAAGAUUAAAGUCGAUCCAGAGACCUACAAGGUGCACGCGGAUGAAAAGCUGCUGACUUGUGGACCAGCGACGUCGUUGCCGCUGGCUCAACGAUUCUUCCUGUUCUAACCAACGCAGUAUCGAAAUAUUUGUUUACUGCUUAGUAUUGUCGCCAUCUUUUGGCGAGUCGAAGGACUCUCCUGUGGAGCUCAUAGACUGGAACGACGACAGCGGCAUCGGGAUGUCACCAGAAGACUCAACUGUCACUGCAGACGACGAGGCUGCAACGAGACGUGCAUGGGCCGCAGCAGCUCUACGAUGUCGAGACUCUUGCGACGUCGACGUCUCCGAUCCAGAAGAAUUCAUCGAGAAGAGACUGGCAGCAGAGCCUGAACGGAUACUCGAGAAUGGUCCGUUUCGACCCAGGAAGGCACGCUUGGCUCGAACAGCUCCACGCGCUAGCGUGACUGCCUCGCCGACGUUAUGCGCUUCAGGGUUCUCGUUGCGACCAACCACCUUGAUAUGUCCAGAGUGCUUCUUCUUGCCACCACGUGUACGCUGAUCCUUGUGCACGAAGCUGAAGCCAAAGCGCAAGAUCAACUUCACUGUCUGCAUGGCAGUAUUGCGGUCCAUCUGCUUCUCGUCCUGAGUCAAGUAAAUGUACGGGACCAGUCCGUUGUGCUCCUUCUUGGCGUCAUUACGUCGCGGUCCGAACUUCCAGCCUUGUUCCAUGCGCAUCUGUGCCCACACUUCGUGUGUGUUUUCAGCCAGAAGCUCAAUUACAGAGCGAAGAUGUGGAGGCACUUUAACAUCAUCCGUCGGGAUCGGCUUGGGUUCGUAUGUGCCACCGGGUUCCGUCGCCGCGGUGCCGAACUCAAAGCCGUCGAACUGCUCUUCAAGACUGGCCGGAGGUUCCAGAACAUAACCCAACGCUGUGAUAACCUUAAGUGCCGACAUGGACGUAUCCCGAUCGUACUGCUUGUCCUGUUCAGUGAGUGCUUCGUAUGGUACAAGAUCGGGGUGGAGCUUCUUGUCAUUGUCACGUUCAGUUCCCCAUCGCCAGCCUUGGUCGAUACGUCCCACAGCCCAGACUUCAUGGGCGUUUUGAGACAGCAACUCGGCCAGCAAAUUAAUCGAGUGUGGCAACCGAAUGCGACGGGUAUCUACCGGUUGUGGCGUGUACUUGUAUCCUUCCAGUUCGCGUUUAUCCAAAGGCGUAAGUGCCGAUGGGAAUCGCUCCAGAAAAGUGAUAACCUCCUGGAAAAUCCGAUCCUCCAGGUUCGGGAUGCGAAGACGGCGCUUGUGUACCUUCUUGGCGAUAAACAUGCGGAAGUUACGCACAAGUUCAUCGAAUCUGCAGGAGAUACCGCGUCCAGGAGCAGCAAAACUCUCCUUGAUGAGGCGAUCCACAUCCGCAUCUGUAACCAGACGAUGGUUAUUCUUUUUCUUCCGCUUACAAGACAGCAGCCGCUUGAUGUAGCCCCAGCCGACGUAACCCGUGAAGUAUCGGAACCACGUUGAUCGUGGUAAGAUGCACAUCUCGUUGCCAUCUAUCAGUGCAUUGCCAUUGUACAACACACGACACGCUCGAAUGUGGCCUGCUCCUCCAAUUUUCGGGUGGUUGUGACGCAGACCAAACGGACCUUCACUAUUACGACUGCUUCCGUAAAUGUCGGUGGCGUUGGUGCCUUCACUGAUACGUACAUGGAAGUUAUCACUCGCUCUAUAGUCAUCAUUCUGUCGACGUUUAAAGCGUGACGGGACGUACUCGUCUUGUUCUCCGAGAACUUCCAGCGUGAUCUGAUCCUUGGUAAGUGAUCCAUCGUCGAUCUCAAUGAACAUACCUCGCUUUAACCGCUUCAGAAUCUCAACAGUAUUCGCCUGAGACGAAGAAAUGGGGAUAUAAGUGACCGGGAACUCCACCAGAUCCGCGAACGAGUCUGUGGAAUCCGCUCGAGGACGUGGACGCUCUGCAAUAUACUCCGUCUCGACACUCAGCGUGAAAUCCGGAUCGUUUUGGCGCAUCAAGUCGCCACACACCAUGAUGAGGUGCACACAGGCGCGGAAUUUACGUCUCAAACGCUUGCGCUCUGCCAUGAGAUAGUCAUAGUCAACAAGCAGCACUCUCUGGAAGCCACAGAGCACCAGUUGUUCCGUGCUGUACGUCGAGUUGGCGUCUUUGAUCGGUGGCAUCUUGACACGAACACGGAGACCAUUCAUGUAGUUCUUGAUCUGUUUGGCCAGAUCGUACUCGACAUCCAUGAACUGUAGCGAGUCUCGAAAAUCCUCGUCUUCAUCCUCAUUGUCCUUGUUGCUAACUACCAAGUUGCGUU